CACCCCCAAUUUCUAGAUCUUCUCUCUGCACUUUUCAUUCUCUCUCUCUUUCUUCACUCGCACAGAGACCAGAGACACGGCAGAGGAGAGAGAAAACUGUCCCUUUUCAAUUCAUCCUUAAAUAGCGAAUGAGGGGGUUACAUGAAUGACAAUAACUCCGCCAUCUUUGCUCUCCCUCUCAAUCAAUUCUGCCAUUCUUCAUCUCUCUUCUUUUUCUGAUCUCUCCCCUCUUCCUGAUCACAUUCUCAUCGAUCUCUUCCUGAGAACACUAAAAGCUGGAAAAUUAAAUGAGAAGAUUCUGAAAUUGUUCGUAGCGUCUGGUGACGAAAAACUUCUUUCCCUUAUCCGGGAGCUCAAUAUCAACCCAGUAAUUUCUCCAGUUCUUCCUACCCGUAACAUUAAGGAUAAUGAUGUGGAUAUCGUGAUUGGUGCUCUACAGUCUGAUCUCACAUCAUUUAUGAACGCAUGGAAACCCAUGUUCUCCCGAUAUCACUUGAUCAUAGUCAAAGACCCCGAACUGAAAGAAGAUCUGAAGAUUCCAGACGGAUUCGAUGCCCAGAUCUUUACAAAGGCUGACAUGGACAAGGCCGUCGGACCUUCACUGACUUCCCAGCUUUUCUCUGGCUAUUCAUGUCGUUACUAUGGGUACCUCGUCUCUAACAAGAAAUACGUCAUCUCGAUCGAUGAUGAUUGCAUCCCUGCCAAGGAUGAUAAAGGGUUCCAAGUAGAUGCUGUUGCGCAGCAUCUUUUCAACCUCGCAGCCCCCGCCACCCCUCUCUUCUUCAACACACUUUACGACCCGUUUUGCAAGGGAGCCGACUUUGUUCGCGGGUACCCGUUUAGCAUGCGGGAAGGGGUCCCGUGUGCUCUCUCGUGCGGGCUCUGGCUCAAUCUAGCUGACCUGGAUGCUCCAACCCAAGCUCUCAAGCCCGAACAGAGAAACACCAGAUACGUGGAUGCUGUUCUCACUGUCCCCAACAAGGCCUUGAUGCCGUUAAGUGGAAUCAACAUAGGGUUCAACCGCGAGUUGCUGGGUCCCGCUUUGUUCCCCGGUUUGAAACUCACAAAGGAAGGGAAGGUAAGAUGGGAAACCAUGGAAGACGUGUUCUCCGGUAUGUGUGCCAAAGUCGUGUGCGACCACUUAAAACUCGGAGUGAAAACCGGACUCCCGUACGUCUGGAGAGAGGAAAGAGGCGACGCAGUUCAGAGCUUGAAGAAAGAUUGGGAAGGUAUGAAGCUAAUGGAGGACGCGAUCCCGUUCUUCGAGUCCAUCAAAUUGCCGGCCGAAGCUGUUAACGCCAAGGAGUGUAUGUUGGAGUUGGCGAAACUGGUUAAGGAAAGGUUUGGUGCUGAAAAGAAUUCGGUACUUACUCAAGCUGCUGAUGGCAUGAUUGAGUGGGUUAAGCUAUGGAAGAAGGUAGUAGUACCAGCUUCUAAUUAGAAACUGCUGUUAAUUUUAGUCGUAUACAGUAGAGAAUGAGAACUUUUGAAGUGGAGAUGUUUCACUUUGUUAAGGUAGGCUAUGCUUGUUCUCUUUCGGUGUUCUUGUUAUCAGAAUUAUGUCGAAAACGGAUGUUAUGUUACUAUGUUAAUUGUUGAUUAGGGAUAUAUUUCCCCUUGUUUGGAAUGUUAACUCCAGUGAUUUAUAGUAUAUGAUUACUUCCAUCA